UUUAUACCCUUUUGAACAAAAAAAAAAAGAAAUGGUUAGCAAAAGAAUCAUUGCCAAUAACACUCCUCCCAAGCCUCUUUAACACUUCUUAUUCCCACCACAAUCAACAGACACCUGGGGAAGUGGAAUGAAGUAUCCAAAGAAAAUCUUAAGAGCUUUACUUCGUGAAUCUUGCUACGAUCAGAGUCAGUUGUGAGUUAAUAUCCACGAUGACUACACCGAAUAGCUUCACAUUCCUCACUAUCGCCCUCCUUUUAGGAUUAUCUCUGGCCCAAGCUCCAGCCCGAAGGCCAGCACCGCGAAAACCUCCACCACCAACUAAGGCAGCACCUCAGGAAGUUUAUGAUGAUGAUGGAACAACUGAUCAAUGCCCAGAACCUUUUGGAUUUUUUGCUGAUGCUGAACAAUGUGACAAAUACUACGAGUGCAAUGAUGGAGCCAUAACAGAGAAACUAUGCCCAGAUGGCAUGGUAUUCAAUGACUUUAGUCCUGAUCAGGAAAAAUGUGACUUACCCUUUAACAUCGAUUGUAGUCAACGUCCAAAGUUGCAAACCCCAAAGCCUACCCUACACUGCCCCCGACUCCACGGAUAUUUCAGUCAUGAGGACAAGGGUGUCUGUGACAAAUUCUACUACUGUGUGGAUGGGAAGUUCAACAUGAUUACCUGCCCAGCAGGUUUGGUAUUUAAUCCAAAGACUGGCAUUUGCACAUGGCCAGAUGAGGCCCAGAAAGCUGGCUGUUCCAGCGAAGAUGUCUUCCAAUUCAGUUGCCCCAAAGUCGACGAAAGCGUGGCUCAAACCCAUCCCAGAUAUGCCGAUCCUGACGACUGUCAGUACUUCUACGUAUGCAUCAAUGGAGAAGUUCCCCGUCGCAAUGGAUGCAAAAUUGGGCAGGUAUUCGAUGAUACCCAGAAACGAUGCGAAUGGGUGCGAAAGGUCCCUGAAUGUGCUGAUUGGUAUAAAGACCGCCUCACCGAUGCUCAACUGGAUGAACUUGAAAAUCCAAAGCCAGCAUCCACAAGGGCACCCGGAUCGGUUCCCUCGAGGCGUAAGCCAGUGAGAAAGCACAGCAAGCAAGUCGAAGAGACUGAACAAUAAAUUUUUCUACCUACUACAUGAAA